GGUGACUGACGGGUAAAGCAGUGGGCAGGGCGGCGGCGUCACAACUCAGUACACCAGCGAAAGGAGAGGACAUGUGGCUGCCGGGACUGAAUCUACUUCGACGGCAGCUCAGCACGGCGGCGGCUCGGGGUUUGGUGUACGAGAGGCACGGAGAGCCAGCGCAGGUGCUGCGUCUGCAGAGUCUAAAAGUCUCCUCUCCGACUGAUUAUGAAGUCCGCGUUAAAAUGUUGGCUGCCCCCAUAAACCCUUCAGACAUUAACAUGGUCCAAGGGACCUAUGCAUUGUUGCCCCAGCUCCCAGCUGUAGGGGGCAAUGAAGGAGUAGGUGUAGUUGCAGAAGUUGGAGCUCAUGUGUCGUCAUUCCGGUCUGGUGAUUGGGUGAUUCCUGUGGACACUGGUCUAGGUACAUGGCGUACGGAGGGUGUGUUUAACGAGGACGCCCUGGUCCGGGUCCCCAGUGAUAUAUCUGUGGUUGGAGCAGCAACGUUAAGCGUUAACCCUUGUACGGCAUACAGACUACUCUCUGAUUAUGAGACCCUUCGGCCAGGUGACUCAGUAAUACAGAAUGCCAGCAAUAGUAGUGUGGGUCAGGCCGUUAUACAGCUUGCUGCAUCCCUGGGCAUCACCACUAUUAACAUUGUGCGAGAUAGGACAGAGCUACAGAGCUUGGUGCAUAGACUUCAUGAGUUAGGUGCUGAUCAUGUUAUCACUGAAGACCAACUGCGUAAGCCAGAGAUGAAGGAUCUGUUUAAGACCUGCCCUCGCCCCCGACUGGCAUUAAACUGUGUUGGUGGAAAAAGCACAACUGAAAUGUUGCGCCAUUUGGCUUACGGUGGCACAAUGGUAACCUAUGGAGGGAUGGCUAAGCAGCCGGUCACUGUACCAGUGAGUGCUCUAAUAUUUAAGAAUGUGAAGUUGUGUGGCUUUUGGGUAACUCAGUGGAAGAGAGACAGGCAUCAGAUAGAUCGAGAAGAAAUUACCAAGAUGAUCCGGGACCUUUGUGAUUUAAUCCGCAGGGGGAAACUUGUUCCUCCGCCAUGCACCCAAAGACCUCUGGAUGAUUUCGCACAGGCGCUAUGUGAUGCCCAGACACCAUUCCUCUCCCGUAAACAGAUCUUGAUUAUGUAAUCAAGAAGUGGAUUUAUUUGUUCAUGCAGUGUAUCUCAGAUCCUAAUUACCAUAAUACAAUGUCCAUUUAUAGAUAUCUAUUUUUAUGUCUACAAAGUCUGUGAAAUCAAUUACAAAUUACAAUGUGAAAUGUGUGUAUUUAUUAACUUUUUUUAAAUAUAUGUAUAUAAUGCUUCAAUUUAAUUAGUAAAAUGUAUGGAAUUGCAGGGACAUUUGAACAUUCUGUAGAUGUCCUGCAUUACCUUUUAUACUUGAGUAGUGAUGAGGAAGACACUGCACUGCAAAGAGCCUUCAGUGGUGCUUGGUUUUUCCUAGACCGGAAGCACAGCAUGCAUGCAUAUUACGACUAUAUGUACCUUUGGGCCUGAUUUAGAGAUGGAUGUUUCUGCACUGCAUCUGUAUCUAUGGACACAGCUGCUGUUCAAAAAUAUGCUAAAGAAAAAGACCUCACCAGGCAGCAUCACUGAUCAGAGUGCUGCGUCUGAAGAUGCAGCAUUGAACCCCCUAUUCAGACCAUCAGCCACCUGUGUAAGCGUAAGCUAACUCAGAAUGUCCGCCUCUUGUUUGCUUGCAAGGCCAGUAAAUCUGUCAGGCUCACAAGCCCCCAUUUUCUGGAAAUACAAGCAGCGCUGCCCCACGACCGCCAAUUGUAAUUUUUGGGAACUGCGAGCGAUCUUGCAGAAGGAGAUCUGCACAUGUACGAUGCAGUAUCUGCGCAGGCACAGAUCUCUAAACAUAUAAGAUGUACAUAAACCAUCUGGUUUCCAUACAUCUUUGAAUUAGGCCGUUUUGUAUGGGUUGGGGCUGUAAUGCUGGUGGUCGGGAUCCCGGAGGUCAGCAUCCAGACUACGGGAUCCCGGCCACCAGAAUGCCAGGGGGGGAGGUGAGUGCAAUGAUGCACUCGCCACAGGUUCUAUUCCCACUCUUUAGGUGUCGUGGGAAUAGUCCCUGUUUGCCGCCAUUACGGCUGCCGGUAUUGUAAGAGGGCGGGAUUCCGAUGUCUGUAUCCUGACCGCCGGUAAAGCAACUACAUCCCCUUUGUAUCUAUAUUUAAGUUUAAAUAAUUAUAAAAGAAACAGGCUAUUUAGGUUAUCUGGAAUUAGUUUAAUUUAAUAAUAUGGUUAAUAAUGCAUUAAACAAAGCCCACAAUAGAUUAUAUGCAAUAUAGAAGUUCUGUGUGAGUGUCUAAAAGUAAAUUGAUCCUGUGGGUUAAAUACAAUAGCCUACGAGUUGUGGCAAGUGCCAACAUUUCAGCAACUGAGCAGCCAUGUUUGGAGACGCAAUUUAUAAGCACACUAGGCUGGUUUUGCCUUUACAAGUUGCUACCUUAAACCCUGUGAAUAAAUUGCUGAAAUCUUGGCAGUUGCCACAACUUGCAGGCUGUUGUAUUUGUAUUUAUAGGUCUAUAACCUGCUGCAAAAGAUAUUGAUAUAGAUGGUGGUCAGUUCUAUGUGUGUACUGACUGUAUUGCUAUGUUCAAACCCUUAAAUGCAUAGUUAAAUGAAAAAUAUAAAAAUGUAUAUUAAAGAUCCUUGCAAAUGUGAUCAACCAA